AUGAAUGUGGGUUGGUUGAGAACAAUAGUUCUACCUGAUCUGGAGUCGCGCUGGGAAAAGUUGAAAGAGGAAAACAAGUCCAUCUUCGGCAAAGUAUGGUACUCUUCCAUCGUACACCCCAGAUUAUAUGGGGCGCAUUAUGAUGCCGUCGCCGAAUACGUCUUAGCGAAAGAGGGGCUGAUAACCACCAUCGCGAAAAGCUUGGCUCCAUUCAAGCAAUUACAUACUUUCGCCUUUGUCGAACCCGAGACCGAUGCCUGGAGCCGUUACGAAACGCUAUUCAAGGAAGUUGGUGAAGAGCACGGCCGCUUGCAGGGAUGCCGGAGCCCAUACACCAGGGGCUCAAAGCGAGACGCAAGCUCGGAGGCCGUCGCAUACAGCGGAAUGAUGAUCGGCCUUGACGUUGCACUUCGAGCUCUACAGCGAGCCGAAAUCCACCCAACCAACUUCGCAAUGCCAGUACCUUCUAUUGGAUUCCAAUCCUUCAAGACCUCCGUUUCGAAAUACGUCUUGAGCGAGGUUCUCACACAAACAAACAAGCUAUGUCUCAACCACCUAUCGUUGAGAUUCCUUCGUGUUGGGAGUAGUAACGACGACAGACUCACCUUGACAAAUGUCUAUUCUCGAGAGACCCCCCCACCGGUUCACACCGAAAUACUCUUAACCAAUGACAGCUUCCCCAGCCUACGCGACCUGACUUUAUAUUUUGGCCAGGUCAGAUCUGUGAACAAUCCGGGUCCAGCCACCCACGGCUGGAAGGCAGCAGAACUUGAGUCCCUAACCAUUCGAUACGACCCACGAUUUGAAGCUUCGGCAGAUGUUCUUCUAUGGCACCCAGACUGUUUGAACCACUUCCACCAGAGUCUCAAACACCUGACUAUUGUCAACGCUUUUUGCGGCAACUGGAAUAACUUCUUCCGCGACAUCGCUAAGGCUCAGCUGGAGACACUGGAUAUUGUGAUUGAGGAUGAUGUUCUCGGGAUGGUUAGGACGAAAGUGCCGUCGUAUGACGACGUGGAGAAUGGGUUGGUGUGUGUUCAGGAGCGCUUUAAGAAGGCCGCCGAGAAGGUGGAGGUUAGACCGGAUUGGGUUUUCGAUCUUGUGAAGCGGGUGUGGAAGAAUCAGGAUGAUAUUGUUGAUCGGUUGUUGGAGGAUAGCGAUGAGGAGGGGGCGUUUGAUUGGGAAGAGGAUGAUGAUGACGAUGAGGAAGAGGAAGUUGAAGGAUGA